UUCUUGAAGGCCGGGGCUGGCUCGAGAGCAGGAGCACGCGGAGCCGAGCCGAGUCGAACUCGCCUCUUCCCGGCGGGAAAACUCUGAGGAAAUAUUUCUCUUUCAAACAUUAAGAAAUUUGAGAAUGAGGCAAAACGACUAAACCUCACUUUCCUGUGAUUCCCCUAGCCGGAAAACUGUCAAAGUCUGUGGAUAAAUUCAUGAGAUUAGAAAAAAAAAGAUGGCAUCUAGAAUAAAUGCCAGUUUUACAAGGAUUCCCAAACAGAAAUACAGACGUAGUAACCGUCAAUCCAGCUAUUUUUCGAGCCAACAAGAUUCAGAUUCUCAGCAUUUAUCAACUCUUGGAAAUUUUAAAGCCUUGCCACUGGAAGUAUUCCAAAUAAUCUUAAACUAUUUGUCAGUGAGAGAUGUCAGCAUGCUAAGCCUGGUGUCCAAACCAGUUAGCCGGCUUGUUAUCAAUUACAUCGCAACCUCCGCAGGAAGCAAGAGACUUUUACUACAGGACUUUCAUAACCUUGAGCUGCCUGACAAGAGACAAGACUUCACUCUUCUGGAGUACUACAGGUCUCUAGGUGUGCUAUUUAAAAGAUGUACGUUGCUGCUGCCCACCAAGGAAAGACUAAAGUGCAUUCACAGGAUACUCUCAGAAGUUGCCUGUUUUAAAUUCAAUGGCUGUGCAGCUCCCACGCAGUGCUUAGGAUUAUCGUGUUAUGGCAUGAUAUUACAGACCUUGACAGCAGGUUGGGAUGAACAUGAAUGCCAGCGUGUUUAUAACUUCUUAUGUGAGUUGACCGACCUCUCUCGCAAGAUGCAGGCUGCUGUCUGUAGCAAACCAGGAAGCGCCCGAAAGCUGGAGCUAAGGAUCAGACUGUUCUGCAGGAAUGUCCUGCUUGAUCACUGGAUACAUCAAAGCGACUCCGCUUUCUGGCUGACACGCAUAUUAAAACCAUGGCCAAUGGUGAACCAGGCACGGUUACUGUAUAUCAUUUUCGGGCCAACAUCGCCUCAGGAUGGACUGGUGGUUUGGCAGAAAAUGACAGAAGGCCCUACGGAUGAACACAGUCUGAAAGGUUUGGCUGAUGCUAUUAAAUUACUGUACGACACAGGUACCAGAGAGUGGACAGCAGACGAUAUUAUCAGUCUUAUAGACGAACUGUCAGUGGUACCCCGAGAGUGGCUGCUGGAGAACAACGCGCACCUCCUGAUCCUCAGUGGGAACAACAUCUGCUUCACAUUCAUGGCCAGCAAGGCUGUGAACGGACGCACCCUGGAGCUGGCUCGGCUUGUGGUCUUCUUGGCCUUGGUGUGCGAGAAGGAGUUCUACUGCAUGGACUGGGUGGUGAGGAUGAUGCACAGGGUCUGUCACACCUUCAGCACGCCGGGGGAACGCAUGAACUUCCUGGAGAAAGUGGCCAACAUGUUUGCCUUCGUGACGGUGGAGAUGCUGCAGUCAGUGAUGUCUGGAGGUCGCGGUGAGGACGACAACAGAGGCUUCCUGAGCCUGUUCCACCUGGUGCAGGCGCAGGCCAGCUUCCACAAGGAGGUGCUGCGCCUGGCCCUGGACUCCCCGCCCUGAGCGCUCCCACGGCGGGCACCGCAGCGUCCCGGA